AUGUCUAGCUGGUUUAAUAUCGAUCCAAAUAAGCUUAAAGAAUUAGCAGCCAACACAUUAAUCAAUGCACAAAAGCAUAUAGACAAAGUCCUCGAUAUUAAGGAUGGUGCUCCUACUACAGAACAGCAACCGAUAAUUACUAAUAUUGAAACAAGUAAUCCGCUUCGUGCUCCUUCUCCGUCAACAACAACAGCAACAACAAAUGAUGAUUUUUUUUCAACAUUUCUUGGUAAUCAAAAAUCUUCAACAUCACCAAAAACAGAAAAAAAAGAAAUCAAAGUAGAAAAAGAUGUUUCAGUUACAAAUUGGAAUUUAUGGUCGGAUCAGAAUAAUAAAUCACAAAUAGUUUCUUCAGAAUCACAGCCAAACCUAAUAGCAGUCGAACAGAAUACGAAUGACGAAGAAAAAAUUCCAAUAACAGAAUCUAUUAAUAUACAAACAUCAUCAUUAAUAACAGAAUCUGUUAGUAUACAACAAAUACCAUCAUCAUCAUCAUUAACUGAAUCAUCAACUAUAACAGAAAGUUCUAGUAGUGAAAGUGCUACUUCACUACAACCAAUAAUAAAUAUUCCAUCAUCGGAAUCGACUAUUAUUGAUCAAAUUAUUGAAAAUACAACAGAUAAUGAACCAACAAUUAUAAAUAAAGAAAAUGAAAAUAUAGAAUCUGAUAUUGAACAUCGAACUGAAACAAUUCAACCAUUACCAUCUGAUAAACGUGAUGUUAUUGAUUCUUGGAUAAAUAAUCGUGAGAUUAAUACAACAGAAAAUAAUUCUGAACAAACAUUACAAAACAAAGAUGAUACUGAUGUAUCACCUCUAUUAUAUACAUCAUCAUAUCCACCAAAUAAUUUUCUAACAACAUCAAUAAUUGAUGAUGAUUUAACACCAACACCUGUUGAAACAACAAAUCAUGAUAAAGAACCACACUUAGAACCUAUUUCAACAGACGAAGAAGAUAGUAAUGCAUGUGUUGAACAAUCAAAUUCACCAACUCAUACUAUAUCAUCAUCUAAUGGACAUGAUACAAAUAGUAAAGGAUCAUCUGAUGAUGGUAAACAAACAUCAUGUGCAUCAUCAGAUAUUGAAGUAAUAUCAUGUCCAAGUGUAACUGGUGGUUUACCAGUUAGUACAACAGAAACAUUUGAUAAAUGUCGAGAAUUACGUGAUGCUCGACGAACUGCAGUACGUGAGGUUGUUGUACGUUUUCCAUCACAUUCAACAAAUUUAAAAUAUCAUCAUCAUCCAUUAUCAAUGGAUAAUAUUGAUAAAAAUACUACAUCAAAUUUUGAUACACCAACAUGGUCAACUCUAAUUGAUGAGGCAGCUACUGAACAAAAUCACUAUCAAAAUUCACAUGAAGAGAAUGAUGAUGAACAGCAAAAAUUCUAUACGUCAGACACUUUGAAAGAAUUAGGUGAAUUAAAAGAAUGUCUUGAAUUACGUGAACAAGCUUUAAAAAAAUUAACAAAUGAAUCUAAUGAAUUACAUCGAACUAAUCAAUCAUUGAAACAAUCAUUGACAGAAUCAGAACAACGUACAUCUCGUUUAACGAUGGAAUUUCAACAAACAAUUGAAAAUCUUUCAAUGAAAAUUGAAGAACAAAGACAUAUUGCACAAGAUCGUGAUCAUCUUCGAAGACAACUUGAUACAUUACAAAAACAAUUAUUUGAAAAUUCAACAUCAUCGGGUAAUACAAUGGCUGUAUUACGUGAAAAAGAAGAACAAAUACAACAAUUACUUGAUGAAGGUGAAAAAUUAUCUAAAACUCAAUUACAACAUACAAAUAUAAUAAAAAGAUUACGAACUAAAGAAAAAGAACAUGAAACUUUAAUAGCAUCAUUGAAUGUUCGAAUUGAUAAAUUAACAACUGAAUUAGAUGAAGCAAAGAAAAAUCUACAAGAAAAAGAAGAAAAUGAAAAACAAUUAAAAGAAACUGUUAAAAAACUUGAAAAAUCUGCAAUACAUUAUGAAAAAGAAUGUAUAUCAUUAAAAUCCUUAUAUGAAGAUGCUGAAGAACAAAUUCGUAGUACAAAAGUUGCACUUGAAAAUUCUUAUAAAGAAAUAUCUGAAUUAAAUAAAACAAAAGCAGCAACAGAAAGUAAAGUUGUUGAAGCAACAUUAUCAGCUGAAAUAUUAUUAAAAGAAGAAAUUCGUUUGGCUGUUGAAAAAGAACGUAUUAUAUCAAGACAAGAACAAGAAAAAUUACAAAUGACUAUUGAUGAAUUACGACAUUCCAUUCAACGAAGUGAAGUUCAACUUAAUAGAAGAGAACAAGUUUUAAGACAAGAAAUUAAUGAUCUUCGACAAAGACUUCAAGAAGCUGAAUCAAGAAAUGAAGAAUUAACACAAAAUAUAUCCAAUGCUACACGUCCACUUCUUCGUCAAAUUGAAAACCUUCAAACAACAUAUGUAACACAGAUAAAUUCUCUUGAAAAAACAGAACGUCAAUUAACUGAUCGUCUUGCUGAAAUGCAAGCACAAUAUGCCAUUAGUGUUGAACAUGAACGUGUAGCUAAUGAAACAUUAUUAGAAACGAAUGCUAAAUGGAAAUUAGCUGAAGCACAAUUAUCAACAUAUAAACAAGAUAAAACACGUUUAACAUCAGAAAUUGACAUUCUUAAAAUGAAAUUAACUAAUCUAGAAGAUGCUAAACACAGAGAAAAAACUCAAAUUGAAACAAUGCAAGAAGCAUUUACUCAACAAAUCAAUAGUCUUAUACAAGAAAAGAGACAACUUGAAUUAGAUGCUGAGCUUGAAAAAACAAAAUAUGAAAGUGAUUUAAAACGAUUACAAAUUGUUCAUGAUGCAUUAAAAGAACAACAACAUCUAUUUGAAACACAGACAAUAAGUCGUUCGAGUUCAAAUCUUGAAUCAACACUUCAACAACAACGUAGUCGACGUUCAUCCGGUGGACAUGAUACACCAUCUUCAUUUUCAUUUGAACGUUCUCCAUUUGUUCCAACACCAAAACCAAGUGUAUAUGAAACUUUAAGAAAUACAGGCGCAAUAGCUGUACUUGAAAGUUUAGAAGCACAAUUAAAAGAAAAAGAAGGAGAAAUAACAUUAUUACAAAGUGAAAUUUCAGAUUUAGAACGUACACGAGAAUCAAUGGCACGUGAAUUAGUUAAUUUAUCUACAAUAAAUGAAAAAUUACAAUAUCAAACACAAAAUUAUCCAAUACUAAAUGAACAAUACAAAGAAUUAGAAAAACGUUAUAAUGCACUUUUAACAAUGUAUGGAGAAAAACAAGAAGAAGCUGAUGAACUUCGACUUGAUCUAGCGGAUGUUAAAACACUUUAUCGAGCUCAGAUGUCAUUAUCAGAUAGUUAUUCAUGUCGUUUAUCAAUAUAUUCAUCAUUAGAAAAACUUUUUUCACCAAAUCCUACCAUACCAUAUCCAUCACAUGUUUAUAUACAUGGAAAUAAUAAUACAGGAAAAUCAACAAUUAUUAAACAUGUACUUAAUCAAUAUAAACAUACGAUUUUAUGGUUUGAUUGUCGACAUUUACUUUAUCUUCUAUUUAAAUUAAAUGAAUUAACAUUAGGAUAUUUUCAUCAUACACUUAUAUUAAUUGGUCAUCAACCAUUUUAUCAAUUACCACAUAUGAAUCAAAUUGAAGUUGAAUUAGGUGUAUUAACACCAACAACUAUAUUUAUACCGGCUUAUACUCGUACAGAAAUUGUUACAAUAUUACAAAAUAUUUUAACACAACAACAAGAUAUUCUUCCAUCAUCUAUUAGUCAAUUACAUAUUAUAAUUGAAUUAGCACUUCAAAUUUUUUAUACUGUUACAAAUGAUCUUGUCGAAUUAAAAGAUAUGAUAACAAUGUGUAUUAAAGAUUUUUUACGUAAUACAACAAAAAAUCAGAUCAAUGAUGAUGGAACUAAUAAUGAUUAUCGAAUGCUGUAUCAAAAAGAAUUUUUUAUGCAGGUUCUUAAUUCUGUUUAUACACGUUCAAUGAGUAUUCGAAAAUUUCUUCAUACACAUACAGCUGAUGAAGAAACAACUGAUAAUUCAUCUCAAAUAUCUACUAUUAAUAAUAAUAAUACACGUGAUCUUCCAUUAUCAGCAAAAUUUCUCUUAAUUGCUAUUUAUUUAGCAACACAAAAUCCAAUAAAAUAUGAUCGUAUGUUAUAUGAUAAACAAAGUCAAGGUAAAAAAAGUCGACGUGCGAAAAUAAUGCAUAAACGAACACAACUUGAAUCAUCAAAAAUUGAAUAUUUACCAUUAUCAUCAAAUAAACCCAUAUCACUUAAUCGUCUAUUAGCUAUAUAUUGUUCAUUACAAGGUGAUACAAUACCAUUAACAACACAAAUCUAUACUCAAUUAUCUUUAUUAACAUCAAUGCGUUUAAUUGAAUUUGUUGGAAGUUCAAAUGAAACUGGUAUAUUUAAUUUAAAUGAACCUAAAUAUCGUUGUACAAGUUCAAGUGAUUAUAUUCGACGUUUAGCUGCAUCGAUUGACUUUAAAAUUGAUGAUCUUAUACUAGUCUAA